CCAAACAUAAAUGCCACAACCACUUCAUUAUCUACUACCUAGUACCUUCUUGAUCACUCAUAGCCUAUUAGUGAGUUCCAUAUACAAAAGCUCUUUGGUAAUAAUGGCAGCCUCAUCUGCAAUGCAAUCCAUCUUGGCAAGCCCUUUGACCCGUGUAGUUUCAAACAGGUCUACUAGGGUGAACCAGUUUCUAAUUAUUCCCACUAAUUAUGUGUCACCUGUGCCAAGAAAUGCUAGCAUGCGAGUGCGUUGCAAUGCAAAGAAAGAGCAACCAGAGUCUGUGACAACUUCAACACCUCGAUCAACACCCAAGGUCAGCACAAACUUCUUAGACUUGUUUGCAUUCAGUGGGCCUGCACCAGAGAGGAUCAACGGCAGGCUAGCAAUGAUAGGCUUUGUUGCUGCAAUGGUAGUGGAGUUAUCCAGUGGUGAGGAUGUGUUUGCCCAGAUAUCAAAUGGUGGAAUCCCAUGGUUCUUAGGAACUAGCAUUGUGCUAUCUCUUGCAUCUUUGAUUCCUUUGUUUAAGGGAAUCAGUGUGGAGUCCAAGUCGGAGGGGGUGAUGACCUCAGAUGCUGAGAUGUGGAAUGGGAGGUUUGCCAUGUUGGGUUUGGUUGCUCUAGCCCUCACCGAGUAUGUCAAGGGUGGAACCCUUAUUUAGGUCUAUGAUGUACUAACUUAGGCCAAUUUGUGUAAAAGAAUAUUUAAUUUCCAUGUAAUUUGGAAAGCAAAUUAUGUAAUCUAUUUUUCAGUAAAUUAGAUUUCAAUUUUAUAAAGGAAUAAAAACUUAUAUGCAAAUGAGUUUAUCAAAACUAA